GCAGGAAGUGUUUGAGGAAGUGGCGCUGGGCUGGCUGCGUGGGGACCCUGAGUUUUCAUGUCCUCUGUGGGUGUCGCUGGCGGCCCCGCGGCCCCCGGGGCAGAGGUAGCAGGGCAUCAAUAUGAGCUGGUCACCAUCCCUCCCAACCCAGACCUGUGGGGCCUGGGAAAUGAAAGAACGACUCGGGACCGGGGGAUUUGGAAACGUCAUCCGAUGGCACAAUCAGGCGACAGGAGAACAGAUUGCCAUCAAGCAGUGCCGACAGGAGCUCAGCCCGAAGAACAGAGACCGCUGGUGCCUGGAGAUCCAGAUCAUGAGACGGCUGAACCAUCCCAAUGUUGUGGCUGCGCGGGAUGUCCCCGAGGGGAUGCAGAACUUGGCACCCAAUGAUUUGCCUCUGUUGGCCAUGGAGUACUGCCAAGGAGGAGAUCUCCGAAGAUACUUGAACCAGUUUGAAAACUGCUGUGGCCUGCGGGAAGGAGCCAUCCUUACCCUGCUGAGUGACAUUGCAUCAGCACUUAGAUACCUCCAUGAAAACAGAAUCAUCCACCGAGAUCUGAAACCAGAAAACAUUGUUCUGCAGCAAGGGGAGCAACGGUUAAUACACAAAAUUAUUGAUCUAGGAUAUGCCAAGGAACUCGAUCAGGGCAGUCUGUGCACUUCCUUUGUGGGAACCCUGCAAUACCUGGCCCCAGAGCUGCUAGAGCAGCAGAAGUACACCGUGACGGUCGACUACUGGAGCUUCGGCACCCUGGCCUUCGAGUGCAUCACCGGCUUCCGGCCCUUCCUUCCCAACUGGCAGCCCGUGCAGUGGCAUUCCAAAGUCCGGCAGAAGAGCGAAGCGGACAUUGUUGUCAGUGAAGACUUGAAUGGAGCGGUGAAGUUUUCCAGCUCUUUGCCCUUCCCCAAUAAUCUGAACAGUGUCCUGGCGGAACGUCUGGAGAAGUGGCUGCAGCUCAUGCUCAUGUGGCACCCUCGACAAAGGGGCACGGACCCCCAGUAUGGUCCCAAUGGUUGCUUCAGAGCCUUGGACGACAUCCUGAACUUGAAGCUGGUUCAUAUCUUGAACAUGGUCACAGGCACCGUUCACACAUACCCUGUGACAGAGGAUGAGAGUCUGCAGAGCCUGAAAACCAGAAUCCGGGAAGACACGGGAAUCCUGGAGAAAGACCAGGAGCUGCUGCAAGAGGCAGGGCUGGUGCUGCUCCCAGACAUGCCUGCUACCCAGUGCAUCUCAGACAGCAAGCCAAAUGAGGGCCUCACGUCGGACAUGGACCUUGUUUUUCUCUUUGACAACAGUAAAGUCACCUAUGAGACUCAGAUCACCCCCAGACCCCAACCUGAGAGCGUCAGCUGUAUCCUUCAGGAGCCCAAGCGGAACCUCUCUUUCUUCCAGCUGAGGAAAGUGUGGGGUCAAGUCUGGCACAGCAUCCAGACGCUGAAGGAAGACUGCAACCGGCUACAGCAGGGACAGCGAGCUGCCAUGAUGAAUCUGCUUCGGAACAACAGCUGCCUUUCCAAGAUGAAGAACGCCAUGGCCUCUAUGGCACAGCAGCUCAAGGCCAAGCUGGAGUUCUUCAGGUCCAGCAUCCAGAUUGACCUGGAGAAGUACCGAGAGCAGACUGAGUUCGGGAUCACAUCAGAGAAGCUGCUGCUGGCCUGGAAGGAGAUGGAGCAGGCUGUGGAGCUGUGCGGGCGGGAGGACGACGUGAAGCAUCUGGUAGAGCGGAUGAUGGCCCUGCAGACUGAUAUCGUGGACCUACAGAGGAGCCCCAUGGGUCGGAAGCAGGGGGGCACACUGGACGACCUAGAGGAGCAAGCAAGGGAGCUCUAUAGACGACUAAGGGAGAAGCCCAGAGACCAGAGGACAGACGGUGACAGUCAGGAAAUGGUACGGCUCCUACUCCAGGCAAUCCAAAGCUUCGAGAAAAAAGUACGAGUGAUUUACACACAGCUCAGUAAAACUGUGGUCUGUAAGCAGAAGGCACUGGAGUUGCUGCCCAAGGUGGAAGAAGUGGUGAGCCUUAUGAAUGAGGAUGAGAAGACUGUGGUCCGGCUCCAGGAGAAGCGGCAGAAGGAGCUCUGGAACCUUCUGAAGAUUGCCUGUAGUAAAGUCCGAGGUCCUGUUAGUGGGAGCCCAGAUAGCAUGAAUGUGUCUCGACUUAGUCACCCUGGUCAGCUAAUGUCCCAGCCGUCCAGUACCUGUGACAGCUUGCCUGACUCAGCCAAGAAAAGUGAGGAACUGGUGGCUGAAGCACACGCCCUCCGCACCCGGCUAGAGAGCACGCUGCAGGAUACCGUGAAGGAGCAAGACCGCAGCUUCACGAGUCUAGACUGGAGCUGGUUACAGAUGGAGAACGACGAAAGGGGUAGCCUGGAGCAGGCCUGUGACUGAGGUUCCUAUGGACUGACCCCAUGCUCUGGAUAUGAUGAUGCUCGGGUGUCUCCAGCACCCAGCUGGAAAUCUCACUCUCCCAGCAACUGUGACAUUUGCCCUCGGCAGCCUGCUGGCCCCGUCUACACACUGGACGUCCUCUGCCACAGAAGCACAGGAAGUACCAGUUACGGGCAUUCACAGCAUCGACGCUUCCUAGCUGCUUCCUCUGUCCUUAAGAAGAAAGCGUUGAGUAGUUUGCCACCCAGAGCAUAUGGAAAAUGUUUGUCCUGAGUGUUUCCAGGCAGCAGCCAAGCUGCCCCCUGUGGACCACUGCAGGGAGAGAGACCUGCCCUGCCCAUCCUUCCUCACCCCACAGCUCGGGCUUCCUCUGCAUCCAGAGGAUCAAAUCAUAAGUUUGACGGUCCUGACUUUCUUCCUCUUUUCACCUCCCCACUGGUAAAUAUCAUUUCUGCUUUCUGUGCUGCUCAUUGUGGCAAAUAAUCUUUAACCAAGUUGUAGUGAUGCCAAGAUCCCUGCUGUCUCUGGUCCUCCAAGCCAUAGAGUGUGCCACUUACAGAGCCAGGCAGACUGGAAAUGCAGCUACCUACUCUUGAGUCUCAAAGAUUACCUGGAAUCAGUUGUCAUGAAGAAGAAAGACAGACAAAGGGUUUGUGCCUUCUGCUACCCUACUGAACACUCUGCCACUCCUCUGUGCCUGCCAGGUGUGUGUGUGUGCAUGAGUGUGCAUGUGCGUGAGUUUAGGAUGGGAUGUUGCUGCCUCUUUCUUACAUUAGCUAGGAGCAUUAUUAAAAUGGUUUAUUUUAUAAAUAGUUUCUAUAUUUUAUAACAUUACUCAGAUAUAUAUUCUAGUAUCAAAUGUGUAUUUCUACAAUAUACCAUCACUAGUUCUUGUGAGCUCAAAACUCAACACCAUAGAAAAUUCUGUAAAAUUGAAUGGAGUAUGUCUAGAUCAUGAUCAUUUCAACAAAACUUGUGUUUAUCUGUGCGUGCGUGCGUGUGUGUGUGUGUGUGUGUGUGUGUGUGUGUACAUGCAUGUAUAAAAGCAAAACAGCCUCAGGUUAUCAUAAACAGGUUUAUUUGGUUAGAAAAGAAACAAACUGGGAACAGGAAUUUCAAAGUGGCUACCACAGAGUCGGUAUGAAGCAUCAAUGGUCAAGUGUUCAGAAGGGACUUCGUACUUUGAUUGCUUCGUAGAGAGUCAAACUGUACACUGGUAAACUAUCUGAAAACUCAUAAUAAAGACCCUGGCUUAAACUUAAUGUAAACUGAUCCUUGAGUAAUGUCAUUUGACCAUAGA